UUAAUUAUAAAAUAGACCACCUGUUUUGUGAAUGCUGUUUAAAAACUUUUUUAAAUACAUGAAAAAAAAAAGAAAAACUGUAUGAAUUUAUAAUAUUGGCCAUCCUAUUGUUUAGCGAUCAUAACUUAAAAAUAAUAAACGGCUAUUAGAACUGUCCAAAGUUUCUGUUUCAGUGCAUUUCUUGGAAAUUAUUUGUAUAAUAAUUUGGCUCAUUAACAUUCAUAAUAGUAUGUGCACAUUUAUUAUCAAAACCUAAUUUGUCUUUGUGUAAAAUGCUCUCAAUUCCUUAGCCCAAACAUGAAUAAAUCAUGAAUUAAGUUCACAUAGAGAAUAGUUUAACAACGUAUUCUGCUUGAGUUACUUGAAUUAGAUAUUAACAUUUUGGCCUAAGCUGUGAUGUUUUUACUCAAAUAUGUGAUGAACUCUAAAAAUAAGCAUCUGGUGUAGAAGGAGAGACUGUGUUACUGACUGCUUCAUAAUUCACAGCUGUCAGGGGCCGGUUGCAUAAAACUGUUUUAGACUAGUCUUACUAGUUAGUCGUCUAAUAUGUUGGUCUUAAUUUUUUCAGUCAGUUGCAUAAAAACUUCGAUCAGUCUAAUUAAAGACCAAAAUGGAAGACAGCACACCUCAGGCUAACUUUUGUUUACAUUCCAUUUUGCCAUUAAAAAUAACUGUCAGCUGAUCCAGUGGGGGCUGAAAGGGGCUUGAGUUGAGACUUGGUUGAAGACUUUGACUUCAAAAAUGGUAACAAAAUGUUGUGUUUUUAAUUAUUUGGGUUAAAUCACUAAAUGUGUUCAUUAAAAUACAUUUUGAAGCACUGUAGUCCUCUAAUAAGCAAAUAUUCUCAGUGAAUAAAAAAUGUAUUGAGCGUCCACUGUCAGCCAUUUUUUUUAAGCUGUUCAGUGUCUUAUUUUUCCCACAACGCAAUGCAAAUUAGACUGUCUUACUAAAGACAACUGUGAGCUUGUUUUAUGCAACAGGCUUUCUAUGGCGUCUUUAGCUAGUCAAACUAAUUGUUAGAUGCAGUCUUAAGUUAAUGGCUAUGUUUAUGCAACCGGCCCCAGAGAUCUUAAAUUAGAGAAAAUUAGAGGGCUGAGCCACAAUUGUAGCCUUUUUUUGUCUAGUUGAAGUGGAAACAGGUAGAAAAUGUCAUGACUAUUCCUGGAGAAUAGCUUUCAGAAGACCUGAAGAUCUGUCCCAGUCAUACCAGCAGUGAAGUUGAGAGUGGACUUCUAGGCGAAAGAUACCGCUGUGUCUGGGAGUCUGCACUGGAAUCUGCAAAAGCAAGUUUGGCAGGAUCAGAGCACUGAAACAGUUUUUAUCUCAGAUAAGCAAUGAUGUCAGGAUGGCAAGUGGUUCUGGCUUGCCGGAUAGCCUGGUUCUGGAGAUCUUCCUGCAACUCCCUCAUAAGGCAUUGCUGAGCGCAGGACUCACCUGCCGUCAGUGGUCUGCUGUUUCACGGGACGAGUUCCUCUGGAAGGAGCUCUUCUACAACUAUUACCACAUCCCACGAUCUGUGCCUCGCCAUCCAGCGGCUGUGUCAUGGUACAGGGAGUUUAAGCGGCUGUACGACUGCAUACCUUGUGUGGAGGUUCAGAUACUGAAGGAGCAUCAUGAUCAGGUGCUGCAUCUGGCCUUCUCCCACCGUGGACACCGCUUCUCUUCCUGCUCCAAAGACUGCACUGUAAAGCUUUGGGACACGGAGCAACCAGAUGGCAACAUUUCUUUGGUUCACAGCUCCAGCAUGCGGCAGUUUAACUGGGGCUACACUCAGUUCUCCCAGUUUAAUGCUGAUGACACACUCCUGCUGGUGUCAGGAGUGUACCUGGGCCCACAUCACUCGUCCUCUGGAGAGAUUGCAGUCAUCAGUUUAGAGAACUACACUCUGCUGUCCCGCGUGAGAAAUAAGCCAUAUGACGUGUUUGGCUGCUGGCUGAAUGAGACUCACCUGAUUUCUGGGAACCUGCACUGGAUUGGCAACAUGACCUCCUGCUCUGUGCUGUGGCUCAACAAAGCUUUCCAGGAUAUUGAGUCAGAAAACGUGAAUGUGGUGAAACGUCUGUUUAAGAUCCAGAACAUCAACGCCAGCACCAUCCGUACAGUGAUGGUGGCUCACUGCCGUCGACACGACUCUCCAGACCUGCUGCUGGACUAUGAGGCUCAAGCUCAGGCCCAGCAUACACAGCAGCACCAGCCUCUGCUGUUUGACCUGGGAAAUACUGACAGUGAAGACGAGGAGGAUAAAGAUGUGGACGAGGAAGAGAAUGAGCGAGGAGACAAGAGAAGCUCUGCACAUCUGCCUACAUUGAACCCACUUGGGUUGCAGCAUGUUAAACAUAGUCAUCAGAACACGGCAGCCCACGAGCGGGUGUUGGAGGCGCAGGUGGCCAGGCUGAUGGGCAGCAGAUGCAACAAAGCUUCUGAUCCAAACCUGAUGUCUCCCUCUGCUCCUGAAGAAGGAGAGGACAAGACCUACCUCCUCUUCACCACCGGCAGCCUUACCUACUCCCCUCACCAGAUAGGUAUCAAGCGGAUAAUGCCUGAUCAGAUGACGACGUGUGGGCCUGUGUUAGGAGAGGAGCGCAUCACAGAGGAUUUCUUUGACUCACUGGAUCAUGUGAUUGACAUACAUGGUCACAUCAUCGGGAUGGGCCUGUCACCUGACCACAGGUACUUGUAUGUGAACAGUCGAGCGUGGCCGACAGGCUGUGUGAUCUCUGACCCCAUGUCCCCUCCACCCAUUGCUGAAGAGAUCGACCUGCACGUGAUUGAUCUGAAGAGUCUUAGAGAGGAACGCCGCAGCCUUCGAGCCCACCGUGCCUUCACGCCCAACGAUGAGUGCUUCUUCAUCUUCCUCGAUGUUAGCCGGGACUUUGUCGCCAGUGGUGCAGAGGAUAAGCAUGGUUAUAUCUGGGACCGGCACUAUAACAUCUGCCUGGCGCGCCUGCAGCACGAUGACGUGGUGAACUCGGUGGCAUUCAGCCCAGCAGAUCAGGAGCUGCUGCUGUCCGCCAGUGACGACUAUACCAUUAAAGUGUGGCGCUCGCCAUGCAUGGUGCGACUCGGCCAGGCCCCCUCACGCCGACCUCAGGCUCGCAAACUGCUCUCCUCGCUAUUCGGCCACAGAAGUGCGAAUCUGAACGGGAAACCCUGACCGGGGACCUUGCUGACCUGACCUACUGCAAGAGAGAAGACGGUCACAAAAGCCUUGAAGCAAGACACUCAGUGAGGAGAAUGAUGCUUGUUGGGUCAAGAAAGUGUUGAGAAUGUUCGACUGUAUUUCUAACUUCCACUUGGCCCUCAUGCAAGAUCAGUGAGCACAACGGUCCACCUAAAAGACGAAAAGCACUCUUCGGGAAAAGAAACAAGGGCUUUUUUGAUGUGCGAUUAUGACACAAAAAUUGCUCUUUUACUGCUAUAUUCUUUGCCGGGUGGGUGAAAGAUGCAUUCAGGUGCGCAAUAGCAUGUCAGUGUGGUUUAAAAGAUGGAUGUUAGCAGGAUUUGUGAUUUUGUAGGAUAUUUGUGAUUUUCUGCUGCAAAUGUGCGACCAGUAUCUGCAGCCAUUUUACCAAAAGGCCAAUUCAGCUUACCAUGAUUACAAUUCUGAUUACAUCGGAGCUACCCAUCCAUGCCAUUUUAUUUGCGCAAAUGGGUUUCUUUUGUUUGAAAUCAUAGAUUUACUUCAAUGGCCUCCAAAAGAAAAGAACUUUAAACUGUUUUGUAAUCUCAGGGGAACUUAAACUGUCGUCUUUGCAUAAUUCUUGUGAUUAUUAAACAAUGCUUUUGUGCUGCAGCGCUGUUAUGUUCACGUAUUUAUUUUAUACAUCUAAUAUGACAGAUUUCACAACAAUUUGUGCCGGUUGGAUUUGUUAAAACUACUAAGAAUGAAAAAGCACAAAAUACGUCACAUCAGGUCAACAGCCUAAGUAUUUCAUUCUACAUUAUAGGUUUGUACAUUCUAGGGUGCUUUUCCAUUUUAUGCCCAUUUAAACCCCAGCAUUGUAUAAUAAAGUUAGAGAGCAUAGGUGCUCAUCUGUAAUAACCUCAGAAUUCAUUUUAAAUGAAGAUUGAGGCAGAUCCCCAUGCCUUACUUAUAUGGUGUGUGAAGCUUAGCUGUGAUAACGAUUCCUUUUUUUAUGACGUUGUACGACUUCUUGACUCUUCCUUGUGAUUUUAUUUGUGCACAUCAAGCAAUUUCUUUAGAUUUUGUAUUGUGGUGUAAAAUUUGUUUGCCCCAUUAAACACUUUUUCUUUUACCA